AUGGCUACCAUGAAACCAUCUACCACUCCCCCGGUGGAGGCAGGCAAGGCAUACGCGCUGGAGUCCCUAUGUGGCGAAAUAUACUACAUCCCGUUCUCCAAAUCUGCAAUGCGCCUGCUCGUCACAGGCAAAGUCAGCGAUGGUGCAAUCGCUCUUGUAAGCACUGGCGGUUCUGGUGGUGACCCCAUUGGCUUCCACUACCAUCGCGAAGCACACGAUGUGUUUCUGUGUCUCAAGGGCCAUGUUAAUGUGUGGGCUAACAGCCAGGCACGCACCAUGGGGCCCGGUGAUUUCGCCAGUGUUCCCCCGGGAGUCAUCCACCAAUACCAGAUCCUCGGCGACCGGUCCGAGUUCAUUGGACUUAUCGUCCCGGGCGGCUGGGAGGAGUUCUUUCGGCUCCUGGGCGAGCCCUACGCAGGAGCAAUGUGGCCAGCCACUGAUGACCGCAAUCCGUUGGAAGUUCUCAUCCCGCGGCUCAAGGAAGCCGCCGAGCGCUUUGACAUGGUACCUCAGCCGCACAUCCAAGCGUUCGAGCCGCAGCCCUGGGUUGAAGGGAAAGAUAACGUGCUGCCGGCGGCGCUGCGACCCUAUUUCCUCCGUGCUGGUACCGAGCCAGCCUACCGUUUCGGCGGGUCAGUCGUGCGCGUCCUAGCGACGACAAAGGAAUCCGGUGGGAAGUUUGCGAUUGGGAGCCUAGAGGGAUCUUCGUUUCAUCAAAAUGAGAUUCUAGCUGCUGGAUUGGUGUUUCCUUCCGUCCAUCAUGCGUUCCACAUCAUCGAGGGGACGUUUGAGUUCCAGGUUGAUGCCGCGGUGGUGACGCUCACGGCGGCGGAGACGCUGUAUGUGCCAAAGGGUAGCAGGUUUGAGCUACGCUACCGGAGUCGGUACGCAAAAUUAUAUGUUUUUGCGAGUGGAGGAGGACUGGUGGAGUUGUUCGCCAGGACAGGACAUGAAUACAAGUUGCCCAUCAUUCCUGAAAUCGAAGGAGCUGUCGACUUGGCACAGUUCCAGCAGAUUAGCAAAGAGAUGGGGAUCAUCCUUGGAUUAAGAGGUGAAUGA